AUGUCGGUCGAUAUCGAGCCUUUCGAGCUUUCAUUUAAGCGCCCCUUCACCACCGAGGUUUCGCAGAUUCUUACCCUCAAGAACCCCAACCCGACUCCUGUUGCCUUCAAGGUCAAAACUACUGCACCUAAACAAUACUGUGUUCGACCAAAUGCAGGCCGCAUUGAGGCCGGUCAGAGCUUCGAUGUCUCCGUUCUGCUCCAGGCCAUGAAGCAGGACCCUGCCCCUGACGCACGAUGCCGUGACAAGUUCCUUGUCCAGUCUGCCCCCAUUACCGCAGACAAAGAGUUCGCCAGCGUUGCCAACGUGCUUGAGACAGCAGACAAGUCUCUCCUCAUAGAGCGCAAGAUCCGAGUCAACUGGCUGGCCGCUGGUUCCGAUGCCAACCAAGUUACUAACCGACCAUUGUCCACGCCUAACAAGCAGGCCAUCGCUAACGGCGCCAACGAUACUCCGGACGUCUCCCGCACGUAUUCUUCUCCCGGCGCCCGAGACGACUCUCCCUCCACGGCACCUCCCCCCUACCACUCCCCCAAGGAGCCUUCCUACGAAGAGGAGAGGCCUAAGUCUGCGUACGAGGAGGCCGAAGGCAAGAUUAGCCAGGCUACAACAGCCAUCAAGGAGACUGCCGAGAUGACCUAUGAGGAACUCAAGGCCAAGCUUGUUCAAGCCGAACAACAGCUUGUAGCCCUCAAGGACAACGGCCUCCGACAACGCAACGUCAAAUCUACCUCUAACGAAGAUGACAAGCGACCUCUCGCUCAAGCCGCCCAGGCCAUCACUCAGACCGUUGAGGGUGUUCCAGUGCAGAUGGCGGCCAUUCUCUGUCUAGUCAGCUUCCUGCUUGCCUAUUUCUUCUUCUAG